AUGAGUCGACGUACAGCCGAUAAAGACAAACUUCGGGACUUGAACAUGCAAUUGUUCCGCUCUGGAGUGGUAGGAAUGCUUAAGGGUACACUUGUGGGUUUAAUAUCAGGAUGGGCUAUAAACUAUAGAUAUAGGCACCUCCACCCCCAUGUUUUCCGGACACCUUAUAAGUUUGCAUACGUGCUAUGUUGGGCAUUCUCAGGCAUCAUUUUUAGUACAGAAUAUGCAAAGGAUACCAUCACUAAGCAGUUAGCGGUGGAAGAAGAAUUAAAACGAGAGAUGUAUUUAAACGGAAAAUGA